UUCGCCGGCGUUCGGUUGAGUCCGCCUUGUUUACUGUUCUGUAGCGGAGAGAGCCGAGAAUCGCACGCUUGUGUACCGCUUGGUUGGAAUAAGGCGGAAAGCACCUCAGUGGCAAGGUGUGAGGAAAUGGAGGAAGAGUUGAAGUGUCCGAUCUGUCGACGAUUUUUUACUAAACCAGUUUUAUUUCCCUGUACACACUCUUUCUGCAUGGCUUGUGCUGUCAAUCUGCAGGAACCUGCUCAGCAGUUGAUUCCGCAAGUAACAUGUAGCGAAGACGGCACCCAGGUAAUCAACGACACCGUUGACUUUCCUGAAAUUGACAAAGUCAGCAUCGUUUCGGAAACUGACAGCGGGGUAGUAUGUAAUAGCCGACCAUCAAGCUACGUGGGUACCCCAAGUCUGGCCAACAUCUUUACCCAGACGCUACAGAGUUGCACCUAUGGAAUUAAGUGUCCCCUGUGUCACAAGCUUGUGUUUCUUGACGACUCUGGGGCUCAUGCACUACCCCCACAUCGUGUUCUAGAAGCGAUCGUGGAUAAAUACACCCAACAAAAGCAUGUAGAGAUUAAAUGUGAACUUUGUGAAAAUGGCAGUUCCAACGCUACAACUAUGUGUGAGCAAUGCGAGGUGUUCUACUGUGAUACCUGUCGCGAUAGUUGUCACCCGUCCCGAGGGUCACUGGCAAAACAUAAUCUGGUCGCCCCUGCCCAGGGAAAGACGAUCCUCAGGGCCAAAAACAAAUCGAAGGAUGCUAAAUGUUAUGAACAUUCGGAGGAGCAGUUGAGCAUGUUUUGCACUGGAUGUAAAAUACCUGUGUGUUUUACCUGUUCUCAGGAAGGACGCCAUACUACUCAUGAUGUACAAGCUUUAGGGGCUUUGUGUAAAGGGUCGAAGAGUGAACUUUCACAGAACUUGCAGUCAUUGUCAGAAAAAGCCAAAUCAGGGACGGAGUUUAUCCAGCGAUUGAAAGCAAUGACAGAGAGUGUCAAUGGCAAUUCUAAUGAGUUUGAAGCGACAGUGGUGGCACAGUGUGAUGCUCUGAUUGAGGCCAUCAAGAAGAGGAAGGUGGAGCUGCUGGAGAGUGUGCAGGUUGAGAAGGACAACAAGGUGAAGACUCUCAAGGAGCAAGUGUCUCACUGCACCUCCCUGCUACAGAGGACUACCGGACUGCUGCAGUUCUGUAUAGAAGUCCUAAAGGAGAGCAACCCUUCAUCAUUUCUACAGGUAUCAAAUGGACUGAUUGAACGAGUAGCUGCAGCAGACACCAACUUUAACAAGGAGAUGGAACUUGCUCCGAGGGUGUCUCCGGAAUUUGAGCUGACGUUAGACAACACACCUGUUUUACAUGCCGUCCAGACCCUCAACUUCUUCCAGAUGAAAGAUGGUAUAAUAGCACCAGGCCAGCCUUUCAUCAUCCCAGAAGAAUGUAGUGCAGAGAACAACAGUGUCACCAUUGCGUGGCAACCAUAUCCAAGCAGUGUUGUAGAGGCCUAUACUCUAGAAUUAGAUGAUGGAAAUGGUGGAGAUUUUCGGGUGGUGUAUGUAGGGCGGGAGAUGAUAUGCACUGUUGAUGGACUACAUUUUCACAGUAUUUACAAUGCUCGAGUCAAGGCCCACAACCAUGCUGGGGAAAGUCCAUACAGCGAGCUGGUAUCACUACAGACAGCUGAGGUGGCCUGGUUCACGUUUGACAACACAACGACCCACCCUGACAUCAUGUUCACCAACAACAACCUCAGUAUCACCUGCAACAGCUUUGACCAUCGAGUGGCACUUGGCACUGUUGGCUUCUCCAAAGGCAUCCACUACUGGGAGGUGACCAUUGAUCGCUAUGACAGCCACACUGACCCCUCCAUCGGCAUUGCGAGAUUCGAUGUUGAUAAAGGACUUAUGCUUGGCAAGGAUGACAAGGCCUGGAGUAUGUACAUUGACUACCAGAGAAGCUGGUUCAUCCACAGAGAUGAACACACCAACCGCACCGACGGGGGCAUCAAAUGUGGCUCAGUGAUUGGCUGUAUACUGGAUCUCAACAACCACACUCUCAGUUACUUCAUCAAUGAUGAACCUCAUGGACCAAUCGCGUUCACCGACCUCCACGGUGUCUUUUUUCCUGCUGUCAGCAUCAACCGCAAUGUUCAGGUCACACUACGCACUGGUAUCGAGCCACCUGUUGAAAGUGAAGGAAGUGCCAGUGAUGAAGAGUGAGAUGUAACGGCCCUUCCUAUUGGCCCCAUGUUUAGUCAUUUUAUUCUGAUUGGUUCACUGAUUGACAUGAGACUGUAGUGUCAGUGUGGUUUGUUCAUAGACAAAAUCAGAUAUUCCAAUUGAUUCACCUUCGUCAUCUUAUUUAAGACCCUAAUUUAUGGGGGACAAAAUUCAAAAUAUUUUGUGGCAGUUGAUUGUGCAGAUGCUUAAAGAGUAGGUAGCAACAUUCUUCAUGGUGUAUUGCUAGUGAUGCAUAGUAUAUCCAAGUCCUUCCCAAUACAGAGUACCGCUAUAUCAUAAUAUACCAGCCAUAGCAAUACAGAUGAGCCCUCUAUGCAGAUGAGGAUGUAUCUGUUUACAGUACAUUGAACAACCAAAAUGUACACCUACACUUUUAGAAACCAUGACUAAAGGUUAUUAGGCGUAGCUUUGGUCUUAUAACUGCUGACAGUGAGUACUUGACUUUUUACAAACCUUCCCAUGACUUUCCAGACCCAUACCAGCUUUCCCCUGUAAGAUGGGUAGAUCAGUGGCCCAGUGUUUUUGGUGUCCUCUCAAGAUGCUGAAGGCUUGGGUCACAAGGAUAAUGACAUACUAGCAUUGCCUACAACAGUCAGAUCUGGGCCUUUCAAAGUCGAGAGUUCCACAAGGAUAAGGCCAUGACAUCUUUGCACAGUAUGGUCUGAUCUGGGCCUUCAGUCAACAUGGUUCUACAAGUAAUAUGAAUGUCACUGUGUCCAUGAUGCGUCAUCCAUCAGUCAUCCUCAGCUAUAUUCCCAUUAUUUCCACAUUCUUAUUUGUGUAACAUGACAAAUAAGUCAACAUAACAUAUCUGUUUGACCACAUGCUAUCCAUAAACGUUCUUCAUGAUAUUUAUGAUAUGUGACGUGUCAAGUGUUAGGCGUAGUAUGACAUAGAAUACAUAUGUACAUAUAUAUUUAUUAAUAUGUAUAACAAUGCUGAGAGAAUUCAAAAGUACAGCGAGACUUAUCUCAUUGUGUGGCUUAGAGAAGUAUACAUCUCUAAGUGUACAUCACAGUUGUAUGCCAGAAUGUGUGAACAUGGUCAAAAGUUUUUUAAUGUUUUAUAAUAGUGCUGUAUUUUUGAGAAUAUUUCAUUGAUAUUAUGUCAAGACAUCAUUUCAACAUAGCAUGCUCCACCAAUGUCAAAGUUUAUGCAUCACUUAUAUUUUAUACUUUUAACGUUUAGACAUCCACAUGCUCAUUGGGAAAUGACUACAUCACUUGGAAUACUACUUGCUCAACACUAUCUCUCUCCUACCAGAUUUCAUAAUGUUUCCAUUGAGACAUUUUCAAAGAAUACCAGUAGUAUACAAAAACGUAAUGACUAGUUUCAACUAAAUGUAUCUGGCUUGAUCUGUUUCAUGAAACACAUAUAGCUUCUAUGUAUGUAUGAGAUAUGGUUGACAAAUAGAAAUGAGACAAUAAGGUUGGCAAGUUUUGGUGCUUGAUGGCCUAUGAAUGAAUUACAACUAGUAGCAUGAACUCUACAUUGGUAUAUAAACCAUAUACAUUAUAGAGACAUAACAUUAUGUUUGACGUUUACACAGGUUUGACCAUCAAAUACCUACCUCAAAUGGUUGUAUCAACCUUUUUUUUUUCUUUUCUUUUUUCAUUUCAUUUUUUUUUUAUAAUCAUAUGUUGUAUUUUAAGAUGUUCCUUUCCAUUUACAACCAACCUCAUGCUCCACAAGACAACUUCUGUCCAUGUGACAUGUUUCACAAUCUCAACAAUGUUCUGUACUCAUAAGUACUCAUGUACACUAUAUGUACAUUGUCAUAGGUGGCCCAGCCAUCUAAAGUGCUGUGCCCUUAGGCACAAGGGUGAAUGUGAGUUAACCCCAGUGAUGUUUCUAGGGUUGUCAGCGCCAUAGCGUACUCAUUGGUUACACCAAUGUAGUAAACAGCUGAGGCCUGCAUCACAUCUAUGAAUCUGGCAUGAUAUAACCAGAAUACUAUUCAAAGCACUCACUUUUUCUUUUACAUGAAUAUUCAUGCAUCUAUGAUUAUAUGUCAUUGGUACUCACCAUUAUGAAAGCUUUACUAUCACAUUAUUACCAAACAUGUAGAUAACACAACAUGACCAAGAUCAUACAUUUGGUGCCAAGAUAAGGUGCCAUGACCAAUACAAAACUCAAGGCUAUAACCAAUUUCCUUUAAAAAAAUUCAAAGCAUUUCAACAAUAGUGUUUUUGUGUGUUACCCGAGUAGAUCAGAUCCCAGACUUGAUCAAGUGUGGGAGUGCCUUUGUUUGUUUACAUUGUGUGGCAUGUUUUGUAUGAGCAUUUUAUAUUUUAUAAAUCCAAUUUUACAACAUGCUGUAAGUUUAUUUAUACUGCAACACACAAUGUUAGAUGAGAUGAACCUGUGUGUAUUGCAUCUACCCUGUUUGUGGAUGAGCUUAAUUACAGUAGCUGUGAGGAAAGUGUCAUCUUGUGUACAGUAUUCUAUGUAUUAAGCAGCAGGGCACAUAAUCAGUUGAAGGGAACUAGCAUUUUCUUUAACAUCUUAGGUACUUUAGUAAAUGUUUUAAGUGACAAAGCCACACAAGGUUUUCAGGAUGGGUACUUUUUGUGAUAAAUGACUUUGUUUCAACAAAGUACAAUAAUAAUAAUUAAGAGACCUGGAUUAAGUCAGUGCCUGUUAAGAUCAUACAGAUUUUUUAAAGAUAUAAAUAUGGUGCUUAAUACAUCAAAUAUGGUUUAUGAGGGGUUACCUAUUCACCAGUCACUGUGUAGAUGGUCCUGUUAGCAGGGUAGAUAGCUUGUCUCACUUGAUGCUAGUCAUGUGACCAUAAAUACUUGUGCUGCAUGUCAUCCUAAUCAUCCAUGUCACUUUCAUUUGGUUGUGGGUGUAACAUUUAUACAUUUGUUUUCCUGAUGAUAUAAAUCAGUCUGUUCUGUUUGAACCUACAUAACCUAGCAGUGAUGAUGUUUGUGAACUAUAGUGCAUAGGUUUGUAACCAUCCUUGAAAAACAGAGAUAGUUGUCUGUAAAACAGUACAUGAUAUGACAACAUACUGACAAUUAUUCAUGUAUUAAAUACUGUUGCAGGAACUACACCCACUACAGGGGAUUUUAUGUUCAUGUUAAAUUAAUUACAGAUUUUGGUAAUGGAUCACUGAGACCCAUCAGUGCAUAUCCAGCAAAAAGCAGAAUCCCUAGUUCACAAAGUGAUCUACAGUAAGUUUUCGUUGAAAAGUAUACAACAGUUGAACUCUUUCUUGGGAAUAUUUUGGAAAGACACUGAAAAGAGAAUGAUAUACUGUAUGUUCAAGGAUGGUUUUCCCCCAAGUGUUGACCAUUAUAGAAAUGUGAGAACUAUGUUGUGUUCUUGAAGAGGUCAUGUUGAGACUCCCUGCCCAGUAAGCAGGUGGGAUAUGUAUAUUUUGUGUUCUCUGAACUUGAUGUUUCUUUUCACCUACUGUCUUUUGUUAGCAUCAAGAAACUCAGGUUAUUACUUGCACUGACUCUUUUGUUUAACUGUAAACAUUUUGCACUAAUUAUCAAAUGGCUAUUAAUGCUUUUACAUGCAAAAUAAUCAAAAUGUUCUUUGAUUUUGUUUUGAACUUUUACAGUGAUUUUUAUUUAUUGCAUUGUAUACAGCAAUAUUUUCUCCAAAGUUUGAAAUGUUUAGCAGUGUUACUUUUAUCUCUAAUUUAAUUUUCAAAAGGAGCUAAAAAACAAUGAAACGUUUUAAUCAUUUUUAGCAUGGUAUAAUGAAAGAACUGAUUUACAAUACAGAACUGUGAAUUUAACAGUUUAGCAACAGAAGUUCUGUAGUCUUUCUCAUGCAUAUGUUUUUGAUUAAAUAUUUAUCUGUUGAUUGUAUGAACAGUUGAAUUUAGAUUCAUUAACAAAGGGAUCAUUUUUGAUAUCUUUGGAUUUUGAUUUGUACAUAGUUUAAUUGUAAGCCAGUUGAAUUUUGUGUUAAAUUUGUACAUUGCAUUUGCUAAAUGUAAAUACCUUCUGUUUUAACACAGACAAGCAGCAUAGGUGCAUCAGUGGAACAGUUCUGCUAGCUUGAGUUCAUUGUAUAAUAAUCAACAAAGAUAUCUGGCUCUUGUUUACCGAUUCUGGUUAAAAUAUAGGUCAUGUAAAAAUGUAUAGCAUCAAAUAUUUGUCAGUUUCAAUUCUUUCUCUAUGUGCCAUAGAGCUGUGUCUGAUAUCUGUUAUAAAUAUAGAACCAAGAUGGCUAUCUUGGUUCAUGAUGAUUUUGAAUUGUAGAAAUUAGAACUCCCCUUCCCCUUCCCUCCCCCCCUUUGUAUAUUUCACAGUUCAUUUCCUACCACCCUUGGGGUUUUGCUGUUCAUAUUUUAUGUCCUGAGAAUCAACCACAUUGUAUUUAUUGUACAUGUUUCUAGUUUAGUGUAGAUUGUUCGUGAAUCCAUAUUGUCUCAUUAUUUAUGGCUUACUGUAGGUCUCUAGAACCAAAGACAUUUUGUUUACCAUGCAUCAUUUGUGCAAUGAAUAAACUUUCAGUAAUCCAAAA